GGAAAGCGUAAUCGGUCCCUUUCAAUCGGAAAAGUUUCGUUAUGAUGCAGUAGAAGUCAAACAACCUUCUUGUCAUUCCCCUCGGAUCGUUUGCCCUCAAUGGCGCGUCUGCUGCAAGCACUGCGUCGGAUCUUGGGACCGACGCCUUCAGCUGCGCCCAAGACCCCAAGCCCGAGUCCUUCAUUGCCAUCGCAACCCAUCGCCCGCCGUUUUCCAUAUAUUGAUACCAAUUUUACCUAUCUCCGGGAGGGAGAUAGAGCCGUCGUCGAUGGGAAAACGCCUCUGUUAACCAAACCACUGCGCAAGGGUGGCCGGACAGAUGUCCGUCGGGGGAAGUUGGAGCAUGACGAUAUUAUCGGCCGGAGAGUGCGAGAUCUGAUCCCGUCACAUAAGGGCCCGGAAUACAGGCUCUAUCUGCCCACUCUCGAAGAAUAUGUCGCACUGACGCCUCGCCUGGUGACACCGAUUUACUCCGCAGAUGCCAAUCUAAUUGUCUCCCUCCUCGACAUCCACGUGGCGCCUUCCUCCGAUCCCGAACAAGCUCCUCUCGAAAUCCUCGAAUCCGGCACCGGCCAUGGGUCCUUGACCCUCCAUCUCGCUCGUGCCAUCCAGGGCGCCAAUUCCAUUCCACCUCCGUUUCCAACAACCUCUCAAGUCAAAGACCUCGUUCCCUCCCGUACCUCCUCGCAAACACCUUCAUCAGAACCAACAACAACAACAGAAGCAAGCCCAGAACCCGCCACCCCCUCAACUUCUGCCUCAGUCACUACCACCACCACCACCUCAGAAACAAACCCCACCGAUUCUCUCGCCACCCAAACGAUCUGGGACAACUGGCGCUCUCAGCGCAAAGCCGUCAUCCAUACCGUCGACAUCACCCACAAAACCGCCCGCCACGCCGAAACCCUCGUCCGGGGCUUCCGCCGCGGCAUCUACGCCGGCAACGUCGACUUCUACUCCGGCCCUGUCGAGACCUGGGUCGCUGCGCAGAAACAGGAACGUAGCCGUUCCGCCGCCUCGACCGCCGAGGCCGAUAACCAAACAACAACCACAGCUUCAGAGCCGGAAGUGGAAGUGGACCCGUUCCUCUCGUACGCGAUCCUCGACAUGCCCUCCUCGCACCUGCGCAUCCCGCACGUCACCUCGAUCCUGAAACGCGACGGUCUGCUCGCGGUCUUCACGCCCAGCGUAACCCAGAUCGGCGACUGUCUGGAGUUGAUCCGCCGGGAGCGGUUGCCGCUGAUUCAGGAGAAGGUGGUGGAGCUGGGCAAUGGGAUCAGCAGCGGGCGGCUGUGGGAUGUGCGGCAUGCGACAAGGAAAACCAAGGAGACACUUUCGGACGCUGGGGCCGGCGCUUCUUUUUCCUCCUCCGUGCCGGAGGAGGGGGUAGAGGCAGAGCAAGAGGGUGCGGUUGGUGAGGAGGUUGCGGAGGGGACAGCGGCUUCGGCCUCGGCUUCCAGCUCGGUGGACGAAGGUGCGGAUCGGGUGCUGGUCUGUCGACCCAAGGUUGGCACCAGGAUCGUGGGAGGUGGGUUUAUUGGUAUCUGGCGGAGGAUUGAGGAUUGGAAGGUGAAGGAGAAGGUGGCCACCAGUACCGACGCCUAGGCUACGCGACACACCAUGUAU